AUGAAUAAUGAAAUGUUACAGGAUGAAAAUGACCAAAGUGAUAUGUAUAUAGAAUCCUAAUUUGAUGAGCAUAAAAAACACUUACAACCGGAUUGCUUUCUCAUGGAGGACAAAGUGCAAUUUUCCAAUUUAAACAUGAAUGAACCUCUAGACAUGAAAUCAGCUUCUGAAACUAUUCAAGAGUUCAUUUACACAGAAGAGAAAUUAGAAGUGCAAGGAAAGGGUUUGGUUAGUACUUCGUUGGAUUAGAAUAAAUUUGUCAAUAUUAAACUUCUUGAUUUAUCUAGAUGCAAGCUCUAUUAAAUUCCAGAAGAUGUGAAAUAAAUGAUCAAUUUAUAAAAGAUGUAUUUGAGUUAGAAUGUGUUGGUAAAUGUGCCACGAUUUUUGGAAUCCUUGAAUUAUUUAGAAGUCUUGGACUUGUCUUACAACUUAAUCUAGAAUUAUCAAGUUCAUAUAAAACACUUAAGACAACUCAAUCUUGCUAGUAAUUGUAUUAAGCAACCUUAUUUGGGUGAAUUGGAUGUUCUCUGUAUUUAGAUGAAUCCAAUUACUCAUCUACCGCAAUAAUUUCAUAAAGCAUUGGCAAAUAUGAAUCAAUUAGAAUUUGAUUGGUUUAAAUAUUGCAAGCCUCCAUUGCCAUUUAGACUCAAUUUCAAGAAAUAUCCCUUGAUUUAAGAGAAACUAAUUAAAGCACUCACAUAACAAACUUUGAGUUUCUAGGAAUUCAUCAAGUUAUUGAGUCAGAAUGAAUAGAACUUUAGUUGUACUGAUUACAAGGAGAGGAACUUGUAUUGUCAAGCAGGGAUGAAUGAUGAAAUUGGAGUGUUGUAUUGUUUAAAUUCCAUCAUUCCUUAGGAUAUCAACAAAACUGAUUUUGAUAAUAAUACACCCUUGUCAGUUUGUUAUUUGGAAGGCAAAAUGAGAUCAGUGAGCUUAUUAAAGACUUUAGGUGGUAGAUUUUCUUUGAAUACCAUUCAUUGCAUGAGUCAAAGAGCUGAUGUGCAGAAUUUAAAGUUUCUUUUGGGGGUAAAGGAAAAUUUUCACUUGUAAUUAAGGACUACAAACAUCUAACAUCCGAUUAAUGAUGAAUCCUUAGUGAUGAUGAGGAAUAUCGAUGGUAAUACUCCAUUGCAUCAAUUAAUGAUGAAUUUUGAUAAAUAUGAAUAGAGUUCAGAGUUUGCUGAGAUAUUAUUAUUGUAUGGAGCUGAUCCAAACGUUGAGAAUUGCGAAGGUUACACUCCUCUUGAUAUUGCAAUAAGGAAAUAAUAAAUAAAGGGCCUUAAAUUUGGAAAUUAUUUCAAUAUGUCUCAUCAUGCUGAUUUUGCUAAUAAUAGAUUCUUUGAUUUUUCCCAUUAAUCAUCAAUCACAGGUUAUGGUCUAUGUCACAUUGCUGUAAUGGUAGGAAAUAUUGAAAUCUUGGAAUUCCUAAUUUCAAUCAAUGCAGACUUUCUCCCCAUUAGUAAAUCUAACAAAUUACCUAGAAAUUUGGCUACUCAAAGUUUAGUUGCCUUAAAGAAUAUUCGAAAACUAGAAAAAAGGUACAUUUUAAAUAAUGUGAUCAAAGAGAAAUCUCUAUUGGAAUAAUAAGAAAAAAAUGUAUAUUAGAUGAGACAUUAAAUCGAAAAGAAUAUUGUUUAAAGACAUCAUAAUAUGAUCUAGAAGUAUGCAGACUAAGAAGAAAUUGAAGAUGACCAAUCCAUCGAAAGUUAUAAUGAUUUUAGUCUCCAAGUAGGAAGUGAAUGUACUGUCAGAGAUACUGUUGCAGAGUCUGCUCCCAUAUUUAAAAAAUAAUUAAAUCAGUAAAAGGAUUCAAACACUUCUGUGUAGUAGAAUUUUUAACAGUUGUCAUCUCUAGAAUUUUCUGACCAUUAUCCUGAUGUUUUAAAAUUAUUGAGAAGUGGUAAUAUUGAUACAGCAAUCAAGAAAAUAGAGAAUGUCUUACAGUAUGAGCAAAUAAGUGUGGCUGAGAGACUCAAAUAUAAAAAUCAGUUGUCCUUAUUGAAGUUAAAAUUCAAAUAAAAAAAUAUUGAAUUAAAAUCUAAAAUUGGCUAGGAUGUACAAUUAAUCUUAAAUGAAUACCAAUUUAAAUCAUUAAAAACAGACCUUAGAAAUAAAUAUUUCAAAAAUGUUCAAACUAUAUUAAAUGCCUAAAUAGAAAUGGAAAUUUCUAUAGCUUUAAAUAUAGUAUCCAGAUAAAAAAUUAUAUGUUCAUCCUAUAAUUUAAAUAGGGAUCUAUAAGUUUCUGAUCUCUCUCUUAUAAAUGAUCUUAGAACCAGGUUGAGUGUAAAUCUAGUCUAUGACAUAAAUAACUAUGCAUCUCACUUAUUUUCUUCAUAAAAUUAACUAUAUCAAUGGCUCUAUAGUUGCUUAUCAAAAAAAGAAAAAAUAUUAUUCUUAACUAGUUUUUUUAAUCUACAAAACUACGAAUAUCUUUAAAUGAUGAAAUUUAAGAAGAAAAGAGUACUUGUUGUAAAACAGGACGAUCUCAGUAUUGAGAAGGAUAUGGCUGAAUUAAAUAAAGUUCCAAUCAACUAAAUAAUUAGUAAUCAUAACUAGUUUUGUAACAGUAAAAGAAAUUGA